AUGGACAAUGAGAUUGCUGCUUUAGAAUUGAACAAAACCUGGGAUGUCAUUGAUCUGCCUAUUGGAAAGAAGGCUAUUGGUUCAAAAUGGGUCUAUCGAAUUAAAUACAACUCAGAUGGGACCAUUGAGAGACAUAAGGCACGUUUACUUGCCAAGGGUUACACCCAAGAAGAGGGGCUUGAUUACCAUGAAACAUUCUCACUUGUUGCCAAACUUGAAAAGCUGAGGAGAUGCAAAAGAGAACUUCUGCACUGGAAUCAUAAGAAAGGACAGAGUGAAGAGCAACUAGUAAAGGAGAAAACAGAAAUGCUAGAAGAGGAACAAGAGAAUGAAGGACCUCCCAAUGCUGACACAGUUAAGAGACUGCAAAUAGAGUUGGGUUUGUUUCUAGAGCAAGAAGACAUGAAAUGGAAACAAAGAGCCAAGAGGAGCUGGUACUAG